CCAGGUGUGUUCAAGCAGCCCUAAUCACCUGCAGCUGUGCUGGUUAUUUUCAGCCCCCUCGCGCCCUAGUCUCUUCCAAACGUGUCUGAGAAUGGACCUCACCCUGCUGCGAGCCGUUUCUUGCUGGCUUCUCGUCUUGUGUUCCGGUUCCAUGCCCGCGGAGAGUCGGCUGGUCCACAGCGGCAGGUCUGGCGCCUCGAGCCCCCAAAGUUCGCCUCGCAUGGUGCACGGUGCCGUCCAGCCUCGGCCGUCUGCGACGAAGCAGCAGGAGAGCGCAGAGCUCGAGGUUCGGCCCCGACCCAUCGUGGUCAAGUGCCACCCGGACUCCAUGGAGGUUGUGGUGCAGGCCGACAUGUUUGACGCCGGGCUCAAGGUGGAAGGAGGUCACCUGCAGCUGGGCCCGGAGUCCCCGAGCGCCUGCGGGGCCGUCCAGUCAGGAGCGGAGGAGUUCACCAUCCAGGCCCGCCUGACCGACUGUGGAACUAAACUCUCUUCAACGGAGGACAAAAUCAUCUACUCCAAUGUUCUGUUCUACUCACCUGAGCCCAGAAACGGGCUGCUCAGACUGGAUGAAGCAGCCAUUCCAGUUGAAUGUCACUAUGAAAGGAGAUACUCAGUGGAUGGCAUCUCCUUACUUCCUGCUUGGGUUCCUUAUGUCUCCGUAACUUCUGCAGAUGACCAGAUACACUUUGAUCUGCAAAUCAUGUCUGAUGACUGGCAGUUUGAAAGGGGAUCCCACGUGUUUUUCUUGGGUGAUCCCAUUCAUUUUGAAGUGUCUGUCAUUAUGGGUAACCACAUGCCCCUGAGGGUUUAUGCUGACAACUGCGUUGCCACAUCAACCCCUGAUACAGACUCGGCGUCCAGAUAUGACUUCAUUGAGCAUCAUGGGUGUCUUAUUGACGCUUACAUGACAAACUCAAUCUCACGUUUCCUGCCAAGAGUGGAGCAACACAAGCUGAGGUUCCAGCUGGAGGCCUUCAAGUUCUACCAAGAGCCCAGCAACAAGGUGUAUAUAAACUGCUUUGUAAAAGCUGUUCCAGUCAUGCAGGCUGUAAGUCCUGAAAAUCGGGCCUGCUCUUUAAUCAAUAACGGAUGGCAGUCGGUAGAUGGAAGCAAUCAGGUGUGCAGAAGCUGCGACGCCUCCCAAAGGUUUGAGGAACCACAGACCACAAACCCACCUAGAAUUAUGAGCACUGCCGCUUGGCCCGCCAGGACCACACCGGAAAGUUCAGUCAAGAGUAAAGCAGGACAUCCUUCAGCCACCUAUGUUCGAUACCGUCCAGAAGUGCAGAUAAAAGCCCAAAAAUCUCCUAAAUUUAUGAAGAGGGACACAGACCGCAAAGGCCAGAGCACCAUCCACAUGGGACCCAUUGUUGUUCUGCCAUCUAAAAACCUAAAAGCAACAGAAUCCAAAGUGGCACUUUCAGAGACCACCAGUGACUAAAGAUCCGCCUGACUGCAAUGAUCGCUUCACUGUUGCAACUAAAAGGACAAACGUUUGGAGUCUACAGAACCUAAACUAAUGCAGAGAUUUACCUCGUCCCACAAAUGACUGGACAGUUGUAAUAAAACUCUUAUCCUCUAAA